AUGGGUAUCCUCACACUGGCUGAGGACCGGCCGACGCCCAAGUCCGUCUACAACUGGCGUAUCUACGUUCUCGCCAUCAUUGCAUCAUGCGGUUCCAAUAUGAUCGGUUACACUUCCGCCUUCAUUGGCACGACUAUAACUUUGACUUCGUUCCAGCGCGAGUUUGGAUUCGAUCGUAUGUCCAGCGAACAUGUCUCAACCAUUGAAGAGAACAUUGUCUCUUUUUUCAUCGCAGGCGCCUUCUUCGCUGCACUUGGCACCUAUGCUCUCGGUCAUUUCUUGGGACGCAAAUGGAGCUUGGUGAUUGCUUCUGCUGUUUUCACUCUUGGAGGCGGUCUCCAGCUGGGCACCAAGGGCUCUACUGGUCUGGGCAUCAUGUACGCUGGACGUGUCUUGUCCGGCGUGGGAACUGGUAUUGCUUCCAAUAUCAUCCCUAUCUACAUCUCUGAGCUCGCUCCACCUGCCAUUCGAGGACGUCUCGUUGGAUUAUACGAACUGGGCUGGCAAAUCGGCGGCCUUGUCGGAUUUUGGAUCAACUAUGGCGUUGAACAGCACAUGCCCUCAUCACAUGAGCAAUGGCUUGUUCCCUUUGCCAUUCAGAUCAUUCCCUCGGGGCUGCUGUUCUUUGGCGCUUUGUGGAUCAGGGAAUCACCCCGUUGGCUUUUCCUCAAGGAUCGUCGGGAAGAGGCCAUGAAGAACCUCUGUUGGAUCCGUCAAUUAGAUGAAAAUGACAUUUAUGUCAAGGAAGAAGUCGCCGCCAUUGAUCAAGCACUAGAAGAGCAAAAGGCCACCGUUGGAAUCGGUUUCUGGAAGCCCUUCCAGGCUGUUGGAAAGCGUCCCGCAGUAUUGUACCGACUCUUCCUAGGAUGUAUGCUCUUCUUCUGGCAGAACGGAUCCGGUAUCAACGCCAUCAACUACUACAGCCCCACUAUCUUCAGCAGCAUUGGCGUCUCCCAAUCUGACAUUAGCUGGAUGACGGGUAUUUUUGGUGUGGUCAAGGCCAUCUUCACAAUCCUCUGGCUCUUAUUCCUCGUUGACCAGUUUGGAAGAAGGAAACUUCUAUUGACUGGUGCGCUCACUGGAUCCGCCUGCAUGUGGGUGAUUGGUGCCUACAUUUGUGCUGUUCGCCCGGACUUGCAUCCCACGUCCUCUCUGAACGGAGGUGGUAUUGCUGCUAUCUUCUUUUUCUAUCUGUGGACUGCCGUGUACACUCCCACUUGGAACGGAACUCCAUGGGUCAUCAACUCGGAAUUUUUCGACCCUAACAUCCGUUCCCUCGCCCAAGCCGCGACAACAUCCAGCAACUGGCUCUUCAACUUCCUCGUUUCCCGCUUUACCAAGCAAAUGUUCGCCAAAAUGAACUAUGGCGUGUAUUUCUUCUUCGCUGCCUUGUCGUUCUUUGCAUUCUUCUUCGCCUUCUUCCUGAUUCCCGAGACCAGCGGUAUCCCACUAGAGGCAGUUGACCGCUUGUUUGAGACUAAGCCUAUAUGGCAAGCCCACGCAAAGGUCAAGGCACAGCUUAAGGAAGAAGAGGAGCAAUUUCGCUUCGAGAUUAAACAAGGUGUCUUUGGAAAAGAAGGAAACGGUGCACACGCCCACGUGGAGGAUCCCAAGAAAGGCGAGGAAACUGACGACACACGUGUGAAUGAAGUUUGA